AUGAUGAACUGCUCUGAUUUUGAUGUUUACCAGAUUUGUGGAAAUCGUAAUUUUGGUUGGACUUACCAACAAUCUGUUGGUAGUUCAGGUGGGAUGAUAAUUCUGUGGAAUAAAGAUCAGUUCGAGGUAGCUGAUUCUUUAGUGGGUGAUUACUCGCUUUCUAUUGCGUGUACAAACAUACAGUAUGGUUUUAGGUGGAUUCUAACCAAUGUAUAUGGUCCUAAUAAACCCCAUGAAAGAUCUAGUUUAUGGGAAGAGCUAGAUAAUGUUUGUAAUUUUUGGGAUCUUCCUUGGUGUCUUGGUGGUGACUUUAAUACGGUUCUCAACUGUAAUGAGAAGAAGGGGUGCUCUAAAACCACUAGAAGCAUGGAAAACUUCUCACACUUCAUUGAUGAGCAUGAUUUGGUUGAUUUACCUUUGAAAGGUGCAAGGUAUACUUGGUCCAAUCAUCAAGUCAAUCCUAUAAUGUGUAGACUUGAUAGAUUUUUCUUUUCCUCCACUUUUGAACUCAAAUUUCCUUUUGCAUCUCAGUUAGCCAAGCCUAGACCAACCUCUGAUCAUAUUCCUUUAAUCCUUGAUCUCUCUGACCCUUCUUGGGGUCCAAGCCCUUUUAGAUUUCAAAUUUUCUGGUUCUUGGAGAAUGGUUUUGUGGAGAUGUUGGAAAAUUGGUGGAAGUCUUUUUGUUUUGCAGGUUCUCCAAGUAAUGUUUUUUGGUCAAAGAUAAAAGAACUUAAAGAUUUGCUCAAGAAGUGGAAUAACGAAACUUUUGGACACACAACAACCAAGUUGCAUAAUAUUCUCACUGAUAUUCAAGUUAUUGACAAUGUGGCAGAGGAUGCUUUACUUUCUGAUCAGCAAUUACAAGACAAACUAAACCUGAAGGCAGAGUUUGAGAAAGUUUCUACCAUGGAGGAGACUAACUGGAGAAUUAAAUCCAAAGCUCGGUGGAUAAAGGAAGGAGAUAGAAAUACAGCUCAUUUUAUGAGAUUGGCUUCUGCAAGGAGGAGGUAUAAUAGAAUUAAUCAGCUUUAUAUUGAGGGAAAUUUAACUUCUGAUAAAGUUUUAUUGCAGGUUCACAUUGUAGAGUUUUAUAAAACUCUUUUCACUGAAGAAUUACUCAUAAGACCUGAUUUGGAGGAUAUUUAG